AUGGUCGACGAAAUAAUCGACAUCGUUGUGACUAGAAAGGAUGAGUUGAACUACGGACACGAGUUACCGGAUCAUAGUGGCGUCGGUGAAGAGAAAAUUCCAGUCAUAGGAAUGAGUUUUGGUUCGUUGCCUCUCGCACAGCAAUUUUAUGCAAACUAUGCAAAGAAAGUUGGGUUCGUUACUAAAAUCAGGAACACGAAUUUCGACAAGACGCGGAAGAAAUCAAAGAUACCGGUUAAUCAAUCUAUUUACUGCACGCGAGAAGGUUAUCGAGAGUUUAGGGUGAACGCAGCAACUCGAGCAAACAGAAUUACAGUCACGAGAUGCAGAGCAAGGAUGUAUGUUGUGCUGGACAAGGAGAAAGAAAGUUGGGUUGUGUCUAGAUUAGAAUUGAGGCAUUCUCACCCAUGUUCGGCUAAGAAAGCUGUCUACUAUCAUGAGUACCGGAAGCUGACCAUUCAUGCUAAGUGUGUCAUUACGGAUAACGACAAGGCUGGAAUAAGACCUAACAAGACGUAUCUAGCACUGACAAACGAGGUUGGUUGGUCCUCAAACCUGGGUUUUUCAGAAAAGGAUGUCAGAAAUUAUAUCACACGCAAUCUCCGAUGCUCCGAUAACAAUGAGGACUUCCAAGGGAUGAUGAAUUAUUUCGUUCGAAUGAAGGAGAUCAAUCCCAACUUCUUUUAUGCCAUAGAUGUUGACGAUGCUAAUAAAUUUAGGAGCGCACUAUGGGUAAAUGCAAGGUGUAGGGCUUCGUAUGAAUAUUACAGAGAUGUGGUGUCGUUUGACACCACUUACAGAAGAAACAUACAUGGUCUGCUGUUUGCAUCAUUUGUCGGUGUAAACCACCAUGGAAAGUCUACUCUUCUUGACUGUGCUUUACUUGGGAGCGAGGAGAUCCCUAGUUUUGAGUGGGUGUUCACGCAAUGGGUGAGAUGCGUCGGGACUGUGCCAAGGGAGAUUAUCACUGACCAGUGCAAGGCAAUGGCUGGUAUUAUUAGGAAGGUCCUACCUGAUACUGUCCACCGAUAG